GAAGAGGCUGUCUAGAGUCUAGACAUUUGGCGACAACCAUAGGGUGGGUUGUGUACAAUCAGCACGUUGUUAUUCUUUCAUGGAUUAAACUAGGAAAGCGCAUUGGAAAUGCACACGCCGGAAGGAUUUCGUACAUAUAUGUAUACAGAAUAAGGGUUUUGGAACAAGAUGGACAUGAGUUUGAAACAGCUGGUCCCAGUUAUUCUCUUUUUAUACCUGAAGAAUUUAUCUUCAGGUUUAGGACAUAGCUGUGGUAUAAUUACUCCCAAUUCCCCAACUGUGGAGCUGAACACAGAGUUCACAGCAACAUGCAUUUUAUUUGACCAUUGCAAGUUACAAUUCAAAACAAGUUUUGCAAAAGAUAUAUACUGGAAAUUCAAACAGUAUCGUGUUCCACGGGAGCAGUAUAAAAGAAUAAAUGACUCCGCAGUCAGCGUUACAGUUAACUAUACAAGCGAACUGGAAAAUCCAUUGACAUGCAAUGUUUUGUUGUAUUCUCAAUUAGAGCAAAACAUCUAUGGUGUUUUCAUUAAAAGUGGCUUUUCUCCAGAGAAACCAAGCAAUUUGACAUGCAUUUUAUAUCAGGAUAAAAUGGAACUCUCUGACAGUAUUUCAUGCUCUUGGACUUCAGGAAGACUGACACUCAUGCCAACAAAUUAUACACUGAAAGCACAAACGUCUUUUCAAGCCUUUCAAAACCAAACAAACAGUAAUAGUUGUGAAUUGAAGAUGGUAACUGUUCCUAUUUUUACUAACAUGAAAUUUUGGGUAGAAGCAAAAAAUGAACUUGGGACAGCUGUGUCAGAUGUAGUGGUGUCUGAUCCUCUUCAUUUAGUGAAACCAAGUCCACCAGUAAUUAAAAAGUUUAUUGCAGAAAAUGACUUUCCUAACUAUUUGAUGAUCCAGUGGGAGCAUCCUUUACCUUCUUAUAUUAUGCUUUUUAAAUAUAACAUUCGUUAUAGGCCAGAGGACACUGAUGUUUGGACUGAGAUUCCAGAGAAUGACACAAGCAGCUACAUUCAGACAUUCAGCCUUCAGGAUCUUUUUCCUGAUACAAAAUAUGGUGUUUCAGUACGUUGCAUGAAUUCAGAAGGCAAAGGAUACUGGAGUGACUGGAGUAAAGAAGCCUUUCAAAUUACACCAGAAGCAAAACCAUCUAAGAAACUGGAUAUUUGGAGAGUGAUUGGGCCUGCAGAUACUUCAGGAAAAAGAAUAAUAGAAGCAGUAUGGAAGGCUCUUCCUCACUUUUCGGCAAAUGGUGUAAUCAAAGUAUAUAAUGUUCAGGUUGAAUCUCUGAAGACCAAGGACUUUUUCAGUUAUAAUGUUACAAACACAACUGAAAGAUUGCACUUGUCAGAAAAAGAACCCUAUCGUAUAACUAUUGUUGCCUAUAAUUCUAAAGGAAAAUCUCCUGAUGCAAGAAUUGUUAUUCCAGAGAGUAAUAAUAACACAGAAUCUUCUCCUGUGGAAAGCAUAGUACCCUAUUCUCUUGAUGGACAGAUGCAUGUCAAAUGGAAGGCCAAUACUGCCCGAGUAACUUACUUUGUUGUGGAUUGGUGUGUUGUCUCUGAAAAGGGAUGUUCCUUGGUAUCUUGGCAGUAUGAAAAUAAAUCUUCACUACAAACUAUCCUGAAAGGAGAUUUCAAACCAGGAAUUCGUUACAGAAUUUCAGUGUGCCCAGUUUAUAAGGAAAUUUCCAAACCAUGCUUCUCAGAGGAACAGUAUUUUCAAGAAAAUUGUCCUAAAGUUGGUCCUUCAAUUAUUAAAAGUAAAAGGGAAAAGAACAGUGUGGAACUGGAAUGGGAAUUGAUUUCUGUGGAUAAGUUGAAUGGAUUCAUAAAAAACUAUACUGUUUUUUACAAAGCUGCUGAAGAAAAUGAAAAAUCAAUUACUGUUGGACCUCAUGACCGAAAAGUCACUUUAAAUUCGUUGUCAAGUAAUACUAUGUAUAUUAUCCAUGUAAUGGCAUCAACUUAUGCGGGGGGAACGAACGGCUCACAAUUUACAUUUACAACGCUCAAAUAUGCUCCAGGGGAAAUUGAAGCAAUAGUUGUGCCUGUGUGCUUAUGCUUUAUUUUCAUUGUCGUCAUUGGAAUGCUCUUCUGUUUUAACAAGCGUGAAAUGAUUAAGAAACACGUUUGGCCGCAAGUACCUGAUCCCUGGAAUAGCACAAUUGCAAACUGGCUACCAAACAGUCCAUCUGAGAGUAACGUCAGUCCUAAGGAACCAGUCUGUCCAGAGGGUAGCAUUACAAACUUCAGUGUAAUUGAAAUAGGAUUAUGUGACAGUAAGUCAUUUACUGAUGAGUAUAACAAAGAUUCGUUGAAGAAAGGCAAGUAUACAUCUGAUGAGCACAGCAGUGGAAUUGGAGGAUCAUCUUGCAUGUCAUCACCUCGACAGAGUGUUUCUGACAGUGACGAAGGGGAUUCGGCACAAACAACAUCAAGUACAGUGCAGUAUUCCACUGUUGUACCAAGCAAUUAUAGGGGCCAGGGACAUUUACCCUCUUCUACAGUUUUCUCAAGAUCAGAGUCUACACAACCCUUGCUUGACUCAGAAGAAAGGCCAGAAGAGCAGCACUCCUAUGGAAAUAUCAAUACAGAGAACGGAGAGCAUCUGCCACAAAGUAUUGAUCAAGAUACCAGAAAACAGAAAGGAUCCUAUUUUAAAAGACCUAAACCCAUCAACGAAGACAGUCUACUUAAGCUGCAUCAAAUAGAGAUUGCAGGUCAAAGUUCUGAUUCAUUUAAAUUUUGUUCCACUGAGGACGGAGGUUUACCAAGCUCAAAUGAUAGUGACAUUUUGCAUGUAGACAGUAGUACAAGCCCUGGCAUGCACAUGGACCUAGAGAGCAGUGAAAAGAUGAGUUACAUGCCACAGCUCAGUGGAUACAGACCGCAGUGACAGUCUAUGUCAGUCUCCUAGUCUGUUUCUCAUGUCAUACAUGACAUAUUAUCUGGUUUUAGAUCUGUGUUUAAUGUUUGCUUUUGCUUAUGCAGUAGCAAAACAUCGUUACUGUGAAGUGUUGGUCAGGUUAGUUUUGGUCAUUCAUAUAUUUAUUUUAGUUGAAACUGAGAAAAGACAUACCAGUCAUUUAUAAAUAUACUAAAUAAUAUAUACUGUAAUCAUGUUGCAUUAUUUUAACAUGACAAAGCCUAUAUUAGUUGUUGUCAUUAUUAUAACAAACUAAGCAAUUUUUUGAUUAUGAGAAAACAUUUGAAGUUUGAUAACAGUGUUGAAGUAAAAAAAAAAAUAACCAGACAUAAAAAAUGUCACUUUCUCAGUUCUAACAAAUGCUUUUAUUAAUUUCUUUUUAAGCUCUGAAAAUGUAAUAUCAUUUUUAGCUUGGUCAAACAUUACAUUUUUCAUGUGUUUUGUAUUACUGUGAUGGCCAUAAGAUAGUUUCCAAAUUAUUUUCUUAAUGUUAAUCAGAAGUGAAAUAUAAUCAGGAACACAAUUUGUCUGAACCAGUGUCAAGUGAACUGUGAAAAGUUAAAUAAUUAUUUUGUUUUUAUAAUACUUCACCACGAAAUAAAAAAGAAUUCUAGUGGUGUACUAUGCUAGACAAGUUAAUAUACCAUAUGAACUAUUAAACACAUGUUCAUUUUGUAUUGAUGCUUAUAUCAAGUUUUGCAUUUCAUCUAUGUUAGUUUUUAUCUGCUUGUGUAAUCUGUAUUGUUUUACAUUGUUUGUCCAUUCGCCUCCAGUAUUAUCCUUAAAUUCCCUAAAGAAAAGGUACUGUUUGUGGAACAAUCAUAAAUAUGUAUGACUGGUUAGUACUCUUUAUAACUGUAUAUAUUUGUUUUCCAAUCAAAAUGUUAUCCAUUUUACUAUAUGCAUAUUCUUGUGUCCUCUCUUCCAUUUCGUCAAAACUCUUUUAUUAUUGUAGCAUUCACUAUUACCAAAUGGGACAGUGAGUAUGUUUAUUUAUGACUGCUUUAUGUCUUGAUACAGGUUGUGCUUUUAGAAGACUGUCUAUUUUCAUCCAACAUCUUAAGUUAUUAAUUUUUUAGUGUAAAUGAGAGUUUGCUUGUAUGUGUAUAAUAUAUUCUGUGAAAUAGAUACUUCCCUAAUUUAUUUUAGAAAAUGAAUUAGAUAUUUUCUUGCAUUCUCUCCUAUUACUUUAUAUUUUAGUCACAUUAUUUUAAAAAGAGGUUCUCGUACUUUAUGCCUGUUAUCCAAAAACAAAUUAUUUAGAACAUUUUCCAGUAGUUUCUUUCACACAUAGGAAUCACAUAUUGUAGCGUCCAGACUGAACAUUAGAAUAAUGGUGACAAGAACAGGACAUUCAGCCCAACAAGUUUGUCCAUCCUAUUCACCUCAGUCCUAGGUUGUCCAAAGUAGUUUUUCCAAAAGUCAGAUUUAAGGGUCUCUAAAGUCACUAUGGUUCAUUGUGUGAAGAAAAAGUGGUACUUUUCUGUUAUUGUGACACAAAUCGUAUUAUCGUGACGCAAAUCGGUGGGGCUUCACCCGGUGUGUCGGAAUUUGCAGGCAUGCCUUCCUCACUUCCAAACUCUGUAUUUGAAGUGAGAGAAAAAGAAAAACAAUGAAAUAGUGAGGGGAAUAGUCUUUUAUUUCGACAAAAGAACUAAAGACAGAAAACUUACUCCAUUUGGCUUUCUGGUGGCCAGAACCCUUUUCUACAUUUUAACAUGUCUGUGAACAUAUCUCCAUUGGAGUGAAUGUUUUGCGGUAUGAAUUCUACGUGGUAAGACUCCAAAUUGUGGCGAGCAGUUCCUCUGUGUCUCUUGUUUCUCCACUUUGCCAACCCCCACAGUCUUUCGAUAGUUUGUGUGUGGGAGCCAGUUUCGGGGUCCACAAAGUUGUACUUGUGGCUCACUUUGAAGUGUAUGAAGCCAUCCUUGGCGAGCUGGGUGGUGUUCUAUCCCCUCCAGCUGUUGGAAUAAAUUAUUAAUCCAGGCUUUACUGCACGUACUCGCAAAUCUUUUGGCUUAAAAUGUAAGAGGAACGGUCAGGAACUUCGACAAGAAAGCACACUUUUGUCUGCACAACUGUACACAGUAGUGCAGAUGAGGCCUCCAAGUGACUUGUAUAACUUAAGCAUUGUCGCUCCUGACUUGUACUCCACACAUCACUAUAUAUAACUAACAUCCUAUUAGUCUUGAUAUGGAUAGUGAAUGAUGAAUCCACCCCAACUCCUAAAUCAUUCUCAUAAAGGGUGCUUUCAAGUUUUAUACCUCCCCUUGCCUAUUUGGAUCUAACAUUUCUGCAUUUCUACUUCCUAUGCAUAUGUAAUACCUCAUGUUUACUUAUUUAAACUUUGUGUACCACAAAUCUGCCCAAGCCUCUAUGCUGUCCAGUUCCCUCUGCAACAAUUUAGCUGUCCUUCUGCCUAGUGUGGUAUCAUCUGCAAACCUAACCAGUUUGAUUAUAUUCUUGUUCUGAUCAUUUUUAUAUGUUAAAAAGAGCAGCAGUAUCCGCACCGAUCUCUGAAGGACACCACUUUUUGCAUCACCUAUUUCUGAAAAUGUUUUCCUCACCAUAAUCCUUUUCUUCCCGCACUUGAACCAGUUUAAUACCCACUUGCUUGCUGCACCAUGAAUUCCCACUGUUUUUAGUUUGAUCACAAGUUUUCCUUACAGGUAGUCCAGCUGUUAUAUUUCAGAAACUAUUCAGUUUCCUGUCACUUCCUUAGAAAACAAGCACACACAAAUUUAUUAAAUGACUAAGCUAGUUGUAGAGUUUCAUUUAUAAUUGUUCCUAUCAAUCUAGAUUUACACAUAUCAAUGUCUGUAAAUCUUAUGUGCGGUUAUGCACUUGAACCAGCCAUUUUCCAUAUCAAAACCUUGAAUAGCCACAAAGUUACGGAUUUGGGAUGAGCCUCCUUGGAUUCUUGUCUCAGGUUUGUUGGCAAAUGCAAUUUAGCUCGUAGUUUACUGGUAAAUACUUGUGCUGGCUUGUGUAUAUAAAAGCAGCUAUUGAUCUGUACGCUUAAAGAAAUUUAAUGUUAAUAUGAAAGCAAAAACUUCUGCUGGAAGGUUUUUCUUUUCCUCUUUUAGGUAAUUGUAAGCAUACUCUAGGCUGAAUAUGCAGUACAGGAUAUAGGAUUAUUAAUGUGUUAAAUGAGGUUUAACAAUUAAGUUUGGAAUAUUUAGGACUCCAGAGUGAUUUACUAUAAAAUACACAUUUCCAGAAUGUACCAGUAAGCUGAUUUACUUAAUACAAUUGGUUUUUACGUCUACAGGCUAAAAGGAAUGAUGGAUGUCUUGUUACAGGUGUUGAAAUAACAACCUAAGGAUGUAAUAGUCAGCUUUGUUUAGCACUGUUUUAGAGAGCCAUAUAUUUAAGUGAAUAUUUAUAGUAAUAUAGUUGAGGUCAAAGUGUGCAUAGUGCUGAGUAAGUUUAUUUUACAGAAAAAAGUGAUGCAUUUCCCCCCUUUUGCUUUUUGUGUCUUUUUUCCCUUAGUGACAGAUUUGAAGUUAUAGCACUAUCUGGAAUCUGUAUUAGAUACUGAAUUAUAUGGUGAUCUCUAUUACGGGACACCUUACACAAAGAAAUGUGCUUGAUUAACCUUAAUAGGCAUUCCUUCUCUAAUUGUAAGCUCAUAUAUGCUUGCAAUAUAAUCAAAUGACCCAAGUCUUACAGAAUAUAAACCUAAACAAAAAUUAACUGACUCUGACCAGUUGAAGUGAAUAGUUUAACUCAAAAUGAGUAUUGCCUUUCGUGUUUAAGAAGGAUUCAGUGCUGCUAUUAUUAUGUUAAAAAUGACUUUGAAAAAAUAUACUGUUUUAAAAAUAUUAAUAAAUAGUAAUUCAUAUUUGUGAAUGCACUCAUCAGAAGAAAACAGUUGCUUUCUUUUGCAUAACUUUUAUUGCCGUUGUUUGCACAGAUGAUGGAAACUGAAAUUGCAAAGAGCAAAAAAAGGCUUUAGCAUUCUGCUGUACUGGUAAUUGUGCUAGCAUUUGAUUACAGUGUGUGUGUAUGUUUGUGUUCUAAAGACCGACACAACGUACUCGUCUAUCCAGGAAUAUAUUUUCAGAUUCAGGGUUACAGGGAGCCAAAGCCUCUCCUGACAAGACAGAAACGAACCUUGAAUGAGACUCAAAUCCUCAUUAUUACAUAUACUUUUACCCAUACACAUAAUAUGAAUAUAGUAUAUAUAAUGAAUCUACUACUUUGUACAUUACUUAAUCAUGCAUAUAUAUUUUUAAAUAUUGCCAUUUUAUUUUUAUGGAAUGUAUUGUAUGUGACAGUUCUUUUUUAUGAUCUACUUCCUAAAGUAUUAACCUUUCAAUAAGAAUCACUGGGACAGCUGUACAGUUCUCAAAGAACUUUUUACUAUAUGUCUAAAGAAACAAUUCUUUUCCAAAGCAACACUAAUUUGUCAAUUAUAUGUUCUUCAAGCAUUCUUUCUCUGUUAUACUUUUUAUUUGUAAAGUCAAAAUAGGACAAUUAAACAAAAAAUGGGCAUGUUUAAAGACAAAAUGCAUAUUUUUCUAUAAUUAUUAACCUUAAAGAAGUGUAUUAAAAAAGUGGGUUUAAACCUUUGUAAAAUACUGUACAUAAUAAAACUGAACAAACGGUA